AUGGCAGCAUCCCUGCCGUCGCUCCCGCCCCCGCCGACGCCGUCGCCGGCGGCCACCACCCUGGCCAGCAACCUCCUCUCCUUCCCGGCGCCGCGGCCGCGCCUCGCCGCCACGCACCGCCGCGCGGUCGUGGCCGCCGCCUCGUCCAGGCCCCCUCCCCCUCCCCCUCCGCCGCCGUCCCCGGAGGGAGGCGACGAGGAGGUGGAGAGGGCCAUGGGGAUGGACGGCGGCAUCCCCGGGACAUCCGGCGAGCUGCUGCGCCGCGUCUCCUCCCGCGCCUACGGCAUGCGCCGCCACCUCAUGGAGUCGCUCGACUCCCUCGCCUACGACGUGUUGGAGACAAACCCAUGGAGGGAACAACAGCCCAAGCCAGUCUACGUGCUGGCUAGAAGAGACAAUCAACUAUGGACAAUGAAAACCCGCAGGAACCGCAGUGAAGUCGAAAGGGAACUUGGAAUGCUUUUCUCAAAGGGAGGGGGCUCAGGAGUUGGGACUAGAUCAAAGUACUCUGGCUCCAAGUUUAGCAUGGUCGUUGAAGAUCUCACAGAGGGUGUACUGGUGUUUGAAGACGAGGAUGAUGCUGCAAAGUACUGUGACGUUCUACAGGGUGGUGGUCAAGGAUGUGAAGGAAUUGCAGAGUUAGAGGCUUCAUCAGUUUUCAACAUGUGCCGUCAAAUGAAAGCUCUCGCCGUCCUUUUCCGGCGUGGAAGGACUCCUCCAACGCCUCAAAGCCUCGAGCGUGACUUGAGGGCGAGAAACCGGUCACUGGAAGACUAG